AUAUUUGAUAAUCAUAAUAAUGAAAAUGGAACAACUUGCGAAAUAACUUGUGAUAAUAAGAAAGUGAUAACUUGUGAUAAUAAGGAUGAGAUAACUUGUGAUAAUAAGGAUGAGGUAACUUGUGGUAAUGAAGAUAGACAAAAAAAAACUGAACGCCAGGGAGAUAAUGAUGAAUGGAAAAAUUUUGAUGAAAAAACAUAUCUGAAAGAGGAUAAACAAAAAAUGGAUCAGAAAGAGGAUAAAAAAAACCAAAGUUAUAUAGAAUAUAAAUAUGAUUGGGUAACUUUUUUUGGAAACGAUGAAAAUAGGUGGAAAUACAAACUCAAAAUUGAAUCUAUAGUAAUAACUGAAAAGCAAAGAAAUGAGCUUAGGCAUCUUUUAUGUGGAAUAGUUAAUGAAGAAUAUUAA